AUGAAGGUGGCGCUCCUGCUGAGCCUGCUGGUGCUGGCGCUGGCAGCACUUGCUGAUGCACGAAACCUGCGUGAGAAACGUGAUGCAGAUCUAGAGGCGGCCGCUUCCGGACACCAUCACGAAAAGGGUGGUGGUAAGGAACACCAUCAUCAUCAUCACCAUGACCACGAGGGACAUGGACACAAAGGGUACAAAGGACAUCAUCACCAUGAACAUGGCAAGAAAGGUCACCACCACCAUGAAGGACACAAGGGACACCAUGAACACCACGGAGGCCACAAGAAACACCAUCACCACGAUGAUGGACACCACCAUGAGCACCAUCACGGAGAAAAAGGCGAAAAAGGCCAUGGUUUCGAAGAAAAGGGACACUAUCACAAGGGACACUCUACGAAAGGACAUCAUGGUGUUCACAAACUAGACGAGUUUAAAAAGGACAAACACUUCCACCACAAACAUGGUGAGUCAGGACACCAUGAAGGCUACGGUGGCCACCAUCAUGAGCACGGACACAAGAAGGGUGGACACUUUGACAAAGGACACAAGCAUCACGGACAUCACGAGCACCACCAUGGCAAGAAGGGCCACCAUGAAAAGGGAGGCCACCACCACGAACACAAGGGCCACCACGAUGAGGGCGGCCACCACGAGCACCAUCACCACCACAGUGGUCAUGGCAAGAAGGGUGGACAUGAAGACCACAAGCAUUGGGGAUUCAAGAAAGGACAUUAA